GUAAAACUAUUACCUAUAGUACAAUUAGUAUAUAAUACCUCCCCUAUAAAGACUACUAAGGUUUUACUUUUCUUUAUAAAUUACGGGUACGAACUAGAAUUUUUGGAAGGAUUAAAUACGAAUAUUCCUAGGGCCUUAAUUAAGGCCGGAAAAUUAUAUAUAUUAUAUAAGAAACUUAAGGAAGAAUUGGAAUUUAUUUAA